AUGGCGUUCUCUCUUGUCACCGCCCUCAGCUUGUGCAGCCUCCCCGAGUCGGCAUCGACGGCUCAAGCAUUCCUGAACCGCGACCCGACGUGCGCUGCCGACGCUGCACAGACACCAAGUCCCCAGUUGCUGCAUCAGAUCCAUCGUCGCGGAGAGGUGCUUCCGCACAGCGAGCAGCUGCGCGCCACAUGGAUGAAACACAACCCCGGCUGGAGCUACCGGCUGUGGGAUGAAGCGGCUCUCUCAGCCCUUGUCAACGAGUCGUACCCUUGGUUCGUCGAAACCUUCCACGCACUGCCAACACACGUGCAGCGCGAGGACGCUGGCCGAUACCUGGUGCUCCACGCUCACGGGGGAAUCUUCGCUGACGCGGACGUGGAGGCCAUUCGUGCGUUUGGCCCGAUUCUCGAAGGUUCAGUCUUACAGAUCUUUGAGGAGCCGUCGGAGCAAUGGGAGGAGUGGGGCCCAGACGGAAGCCUCAGUGCGUAUCACGUCCUCUCCGACUCGCUUAUCAGCGUCGCCCAGCCCGGCCACCCGCUCCUGCUUCGCGUGCUGCGCGCUAUCCGCCCUCUGGGGAUCCACUUUGCGCGCAUCGACUACAGCGCUCUGCAGGAUCAAGUUCACGCCUGCCGCGAGGAGUCCGACUCAAGCUGCGGCUGCUUCCAAACUGUCAAGAGCGCCGACUUCUUUCCCUCCCACGCCGCGCUCAAGCCGGCGAUGAACUUCUCGAGCUCUGUCUUGCAACUGGACGAGGCGCGCCGGCUAGCGGAGCAGCUCAAAGCGGGGGAGUGGCCGCCUGCCACCGCGCGCACCGUACGGUGGAAGCUCAACCGGGUCGAUCGCCAGGAGGGCGGCUUGUUGCUCGAUGGGCUGGCUGCGGUUCGCGAGGGGCGCGAGGCGGCAGGCGAUACGCUGCUGCGCGCCUUCGUGAGCUCGCAAUGGGGCCGGCGGUACAAGUAUUUCAGCCACCCGGAGAAGCCCGACCUCGAGGCGGCAACCAAGGCGUACGAGAAGGCGAUGCGGCUCGCGCCCGAGUAUGCCUGGCCGCACUACGAGCUGGGCAACCUCGAGAUGGAGAAAGGGCAGCACGGCGCGGCGCUGCAGCACUUCAGGCAGGCGGUGAGCCUGAGCCCGGACGAGGUGCUCUUCCACAAUAACCUGGGCGUGUGCGAGAUGAACCUGGGCAAGCACGCUGAGGCGGAGGCCACCUUUCGCCGCGUGCUCGAGCUGCACGGCCGCGCGCCACACCACAUCCAGUCGAUGGCGCCGGCUGCUGGGGCGCACUUCAACCUCGGUAUGGCUCUCAACGCGUCGAGCCGCGCCGAAGAGGCGAUCGAGGAGCUGCGCUUUGCGCUGCACGGCAGCUCCUCGCACUUCACUCGUCUGGCCGGCCUGCGGCUGAGGCAGGCGGGCGCGCUCGAGCUCUCCAACUCGCAAGUUGGCUACCUGGUUGGCUCGGCGCUCCUCGCCGAGGGGCGUACACGGGAGGCGGCAAUGACGCUGGCGAGGGCACACGAGCUGACAAAUUCGACGGACUUGCACGCGCGAAUCGCCGAGCGUAUGCGCGUGCUUGCAGACUUCUGGCACGUCGGAGCCGCUCCGGGCGAGAAGGUGUCGUCGCUGUCGCAGGCCCCGCAGGUCCAAUACGUUCGCACGGGCGCAGACGGCUCGACGGCGCGCGAUAGCAUGGGCGAGCUCACGCCAGAGCUCUGGGCGCAAAUCAAGGAGGGCAAGGUGACGCUCCCAGGGGCUUGA